ACACACACACACUCGCACACGCUGCUGGAGCUCGGUGAAGCCUUCCUGCUCUUCUCGAGAUGAAGGAGGAGUUUGUGUGUGUGAUGAUGACGAGGCAUCUGUGUUAAUGAUGGAUGACAGGAACAGACGCGAGCGGAUCAGACCUGCACACACACACCUGGAUGAAGGUCUCUCUGAUGUCUCCAUCUAGUGGCACAGAUCAGUCAGUGCAACUCAAACACAGCUGUCCUGCUGAACGAGCUCCUAAAGGUUGCAUCGGUGCAGGUGAUGUUGUGCACGCUCCUCCUCGUCCACUGCGUAUUAAGCCAGGAUGUAAAGGACCCGCCGUCAACAGAGACCUCAAACCCGGGAGACUGCCCAAGAGUGCCUCAGAUGGACGAUUGGAGUUGAUGGGAUCUGCUGACAGGGCUUUCACAGUCCCACAGAGGCCGGUGAGAUCAUUACCCAGAGAUCACCUGCGUUUACCGCCUCCACCAGUACAGACCAUCACUGACUAUCCAAACCAGUUUGCAAAGUUUGAUGAGUCUCCUCCAUCAAGACCCGCACCUGAACCAGCGUCACCGCAAACCAGAUCUCACAACAGCAGACCAGCAUGGACACAAUCCAGUCCGAGUGAGCGAGAGAAUGUUAAUAUACCAUCAUCUGCAAGUCAGACGUCUCACAGGUAUUCUCUGGAUCUGGAGUCUCAGGAUCUGGACAGCUCCUGUGAGAGCGAGAAGAGCUCGCUGGAUUCACUGGUGAGGAAACAGCAGCAUCACGAAUGGCCUCCUGCUAAAGGAGAAACCCACAGCAGCUUCACCAACCACAGCAAACCUGUGCAGGGAUUGGAGGAUCAGAACUGGUAUGUUGGUGCGGUUAGUCGUGUGGACGCUGAACACGCUCUUCACUUGGUCAACCGGGAAGGAGCCUUUCUAGUGCGCGACUGCUCGAAGAGCACUACCUAUGAGCCCUUGGUCCUCGCUGUGUUUUACGACAAAAGAGUGUUUAACAUUCAGAUCCGCUUCAGUGAUGAAACCAGCAAAUACUCUCUGGGAACGGGCCUGAGAACCAAUGACAGGUUUGACUCGGUCACCGACAUCAUCAGGUUCCACUCCAUUUUUCCCAUCGUUCUCAUUGACGGACGGAAACCUUCGGCGUCAGCCAAUCAGAGGAGGCAGUGUGUGCUGAUGUACCCAAUCACAAAGCAGGACCUGACCGAGCUGUUGAAAUAAGAGCAAAUACAGACAAGCCACAACAUCUCCGGGACGUUUAACUGACAUCUUAACUUUAUAAGUCAUUUUUAGUGACGUUUAAGAGCCAAAGAGCUCAUCUGAGAGAAAGAAGAAAAAUCAGUCAUUUAAAAAUGUGGCUGUGUAUAGCAAUCAAAUAUCUAAAGAAUUCAAUAUUUUUGACAUUUUAACACACAUGUAGAGUGAAAGUGAGUGUUUGGCUGAAUGCAGACACACAAGAACCAUUUUUCCAGAAACUUUUAAUCCAUUUAUAAGUUUUAUUGAAUCACAUUUAAUAUUUUUUGGCCUUCAUGAAUAAUUUAAAAAUAGAUGUUAUGUUUCUGAAGCCUCAGAACUAUGUACAGAUUAUAGUUUGACAUAAACCACACACGUUUAGUUUCUUGAACAGUUUGAUCACAAACGAGCAGAUGCCCUGAAAAUCAAAAGCUCAGCUGUAACUUUACAUAACGGUAACAGUAAUAAAAGAAAACAGUCGGUUUACUGGUUUGAUCAUUUGAGGUAGAUUUACAAUGAUAAACACAUCAAACCGUCUCGACUGUUUAAUGACGGUA